CUUAACGGUUUUAACGACCUUGUUCAUCUCCCACCUUCCAUGUCGAUUUUAUUGACUUUCCAGAACCUAUUACACCCUCCAGCAGCCGUUGAUAGAAAACAAAACCGCGUGUUUCAAAUGCUAUUACCUUCCAAAGACCAAUCUAGAAAAAACCCAAACGAUUUUUCAUCAGCCACCUUUAUCCUGUAUCAUUCUUUUGAAUUUCAUCAUCUCCACGUUCCAAAUCUCGAUGACCCAAUUCAGAUUUUUAACCUUUUAAUCCAAUUUUUUUUGCAUUUUUUUUUUUUUUUGGGGGGCUUUUUCAAGGAAAUGGCGAGUUUGAGUUCUGGGGUUCUUGUGAAGCUUCUUGAAGAAAUGGGAGUCGACGAAAAAGAGUCGAAGAACGAAAAACCCAUUUUGCUGCAAAUCAGGAGCAUAAUUCCUGUAAUGGCAGACAGUAAUCUCUGGCCUAAGCAGGGUUUUUACUUGAAGGUUUCGGAUUCUUCACACGCCAUGUUUGUGUCUUUGCCUCAAGAACAGGAUGAGUUGGUUCUUUGCAACAAACUACAACUUGGGCAGUUGAUGUUUGUUGAAAAGAUUGAGUCAGCAAAUCCAGUACCAAUUCUCAGAGGUAUUAAACCCAUUCCGGGUCGACAUCCUUGCGUCGGAAAUCCAGAAGAUCUUGAUGCCAUUGUUAGUUUCCUGAAAACAGAUGGCUUUUCACAGAUGGAGAAAUGUGGCGGCGCGGAGAAGAAAAAGCCACAGGAAAAAAUUGGUUCUCUAAGUGCUUUGAAAGCCCAACCAGAUGAGAAUAUAAAAGGCUUAAGGCCUAUAAAUUCUGAUGCUGAUGGGAAAAAUUCUAACGUAAUGAAAAUUUCAGGAAAAUGUAGCUUCGGUUUUAUUGACAAAGACUAUGAUAUUGCCGUUGCAAAAUCUUCUCCCUUGUAUUCUCAAGCUAUGAAGAGAAGAAGCUGGAAUGGUGCAGAAAUUUCAGCUAUCACAGUAAAGCAUGAAAUGAAGCCAACUGCUCGAAGCCGUAGUGCUUGUGCUUCACCGGUUCGAUCCACUAAAAGCAAUAGCUCAGAUGAAAGUUCAUGCUCCAAAACAAAACGAAAUCAUGCUGGUCUAACUUCAAAAUCUGUCAAAAAUUCUACGAAGAGUAUGACCUCCUCUGUGUCCAUGAAAAGCUGUGAGAAGAAGUCCCUAGAUACAGCAGUGAUAUCCAAUAAUAAAAAUUCAGUAGAAUAUAAAAUACAAUGGAACUCCCUCCCCUCUAACUUAGUAAAGCUUGGAAAGGAGCUGCAAAGGCACAGAGAUGUUGCCCUGCUUGCUGCGGUUGAGGCUCUACAAGAGGCUUCGGCGGCGGAGAGAUUGCUUAAAUGCCUAAGUAAUUACUCAGAGCUUCAUUCAGCCAAGGGAGAGAAGCAACAACCGUCAGUUAAUACGUUUUUCAACCUAGAAGAAAAUUUGGCUAACACCAGAUUAAUUGUUCAGUCAUUGACAAACAUAAGUCCAGCAAGAGCUAAUGACCAUAAUGAUCCAAACAGCCAUGCUUCCAUCCAGAAAGCAUUGAAACUCGCAGUCGACAGGAAGAGAAAUGCAACUGUAUGGAUCAAAGCCGCUUUGGCAUCCGAUUUAACACCUCCAGCUGCCCCUGAAAGUGUUCCAAUGGGGGCUAAAAACUCAAUGAGAAAACCAACCAUAACAACUUGUAGCAAUAAACCAAGAGGAAGCUGCAUAGUCAAGAAGCAGAGAAACAAUGGAGAUGUUCAAGUUGGUUUGACAGCUGAGAAGGACAUUUCAGAUGAUUGGAUAAAAGGAAGUUGUCUGUGUGCAGCGGCAGAACUGACAAAUUGCUUGCAUGAAGAAUGUAGGAGGUGGUUUUUGGGUUAUGCUGAGAGUUAUUUAGAUGACGUUAGGAACAAAACCAUUUCAACGGAAUCAGAUAGCUUGCAAGUAGCUGAGAUGAUGAGGCAGAUUAAGAAAGUCAGUGACUGGUUGGAUUUGAUUGUCCAACAAGAUGCAAAUUCUCCAAAACUUGGAUCCAGAGAGGUUUCAAUGUUGGAAGAUUCUGAAUUGGAAGCUUGUAAUAGAGUGAGGAAGAAAAUAUAUGGUGUGCUUUUGAAGAAUGUUGAGAGAACUGCCAUUGCUUGGGAACACAUGAAUGCAAUGGUUGAAGUUGCGCAACAUUGAAGUUAACCUUUAUUUUUGCAAAACAAAAAAAAAUUGUAAAUGUUCUUCUUCUUCUUCUUAUUUUUUGUGAGAGUGGAAAAAUUGUAAAGAUUAAAAUGGUCUUAAAAUUCUCCUUGUAAAUCGUGGAUUUGGAAAUGUUAUUUGUUUUCCUA